AUGAACUACAACUUUGUCUUCAAAGUGGUUCUGAUUGGUGAGUCUGGUGUUGGGAAGAGCAACCUGCUGUCACGCUUCACCAAGAAUCAGUUUAACCAUGACAGCCGCACCACCAUCGGAGUGGAAUUCAGCACCCGCACUGUUCAGCUGGAUACCUUCACCAUCAAGGCUCAGAUCUGGGACACGGCAGGGCUGGAGAGAUACAGAGCCAUCACUUCAGCGUACUACAGAGGGGCAGUGGGGGCUCUGCUGGUGUAUGACAUCACCAAGCACCUGACCUAUGAGAGUGUGGAGCGUUGGCUGAAGGAGCUGUACGAUCACGCUGACCCUCACAUCCUGGUCAUGCUGGUGGGCAACAAGAGUGACCUGGAGACCCUGAGGACCGUGCCCACCGAGGAGGCCAAGGACUUCGCAGAAAAGAAGGGGCUCUUGUUUAUGGAGACGUCAGCUCUGGAUUCUACCAACGUUGAAGCUGCUUUCCAGGAAGUUCUCACAGCGAUCCACAAGAAGGUGGCCAGUCGAGAGGUGACCCACGGGUCCAUCAGUGCCGUGACCCUGUCCAAUACUACUGGAACGGCUAGCGAAGUCCAGGAGGAACGCAGGACCUGCUGCAAGAACCUCUGACCGGUUCUGACUGAUUCUGACCAGCUCUGACUGGUUCUGAUGGUUCUUUCAGGUAUUAAAGAGAAUCUUCCUACUCGGCCCUCAUUCAGAAUUAAGGGAAUCUAUGUUGAUGACUACAGGAGGCAUAGCCACAGGAAGUAGGGGUGCUGAGGGUGCUGCAGCACCCCCUAAAAAUUGUUUUGUAGUGCACUGGGCCUUUGCUAGUCCUGUAUUAGCGGACCAAUAUAAAUUAUGCCCCCCCGUCCCCCAAUCUGCAAAAAAAUCGCAGCACCCCAACCACCGAACAUCUUCCCACAGCUAUGACAGGAGGGCUGUCCAAACCAAAGACCAGGCCACAUCUACACUUUGUCAAUAAGUACACUAUUGGUGUCACCUAUAUUCUUCCUGUUCGGCUAAAGGUUGCAGACCACUGAAAAUAUUUGUGUGGAAUGUUUUUUUUUUAAUGCUUGUUAAACUUGAGCAAAUUAUUAUCUGCCAAAUAAGUCUUGUUGAGGUCUAUUUGAAAGGAGGAACUGCGUUCUUUUUGGAUAUUCAUCAUGUUCAUGUAUUGUUUGUAACCAAGAUGAAAAAAUGGUAUGAGGUUUUGUGUUGACUAAAUUGGAACACUUGUAAAGGUUUUAACUUAAGUUCAUGAAGAGUGUGAGAGUAUGGCUCGGAGACUGGUUGGAGACCAAGUAGAAAAGCAACUUGAUUCAUGAAUUUGAAAUAUUGACGUCUGAUAUUGCAACAACUAUGCACUGUAUCUAACCUUUUAUAGACAUGUAUUUUAUGACAAACUUAUAUCAUGAAUCUUUUUGAUAGAAAAUUGCUUAAAGAUUGCGGAGUUCAUUCACUAUUACUUUGCUAUUCUCCUGCAGAGGGCAGUGCUGUUUUAAAUAGAUCUAUGGUGCCUCCAAAUACAGAGUUUAAAGUGAUGUCUCCAUAUCAGAUCUGCUAUUGAUAUCUAACUUUACGUCACACAUAUUUAUACAGUAGUUUAUGAAACACACACACAGGAUUUUCAAUCUUAUAAUAAAACGGCCCUAAAUGGAUGGCAUCAUCUACAAUUCAA